CAGAGAGCGGCUCCAACUGUUGAAUUUUCGCCGAAUUCUCCACUUACCUGCGGGCAGCUGGUGAAAUGGAUCUGGUUUAUCGGGAAUCGGCGUUCAGUUCGCAUGCUGUCUGGCUAAGACUGGCGACCGUCUGUUUGAAAGGGGCCACCCACCAAUGAGGCAGAGAAGAAAAUUUGUUUUUCCUUCUUUUUCUUUUGAAAGCCUCUCUACCACAGGUUGCAGAAUUAACUGUGUACUUUGGGUCCGGACUCAAAUAAAGGAGAAAAAAAACAGUGCAGAACUGAGACUCGGAACUAGAUCUGUGAGCUAUGUAUUGGAAAACUAUGUUUUGGGGCUUUUUUGUUGGUGUUUUUGGUUGUGUUUUUCUUUUUUUUCUUUUAAUAUGAAAGAUCUCUGAUUUAUUUCACACAUAACACUGAGGAAAGGUGGUUAAAAAACACUCAGCAAAGCAGGAGACAGACGCGCCUCUGUGCCAGUGAGUGGAUAACAGCCUUGUUUUCCUGAUCCUCAGUCUCCCGGAGAAAGAGGAUUGGGAACGCUUCGUCUGCCCAGAGGAGAAGAUCUUUCAGAGAUUUUCUGAUUUUUGAAAUCCUCCCACUACCAAAGUUGGACAGCUGAAGUAACUGCGAGGGGACUGCAAGCACGGCAAGUGCUUGCUGAAAGGCUGCUGAAGCUGCUCCCCGCUCCUCCGCCCACCCCCCCUCCAUCCCCGAUUGCUCCCUCCCUCUGAGCUACAUGGUCCAUUUGCUGCCUCUCAUCCUGUGUCUCUGCAGAUGUUUUAGAGCAACAGGUUCAGGAACUUAAAAUACAGGGGUGGAGAAAGAGAAGGCAAAAAAAAAAAAAAAGGGAAAAAAAAUAUAAAGAAAAAAUCCCAGCUCCGACGGAGGAGGAGGAAGAAGAAACCCAGCACGGGAGGCAGAGAAGAAGGUUGCUGCUGCAGCUGCUGCCACCUCCACCCCUGCUCGGGGAUGUACCUUUCCAUUUGUUGCUUCUUUCUCUGCUGGGCUCCCGCCCUGUCACUAAAGAACCUGAAUUACUCGGUGCCAGAGGAGCAGGGAGCGGGCACAGUGAUCGGGAAUAUUGGCCGCGAUGCGCGACUGGCGGCAGGUGCGGCAGGAGGCGGGAUGGUGCCCAUGGAGCGCGGUAGCCCCGGAGGCGGCCGUGGCCCCAAAUCCACCUUCCGAGUGCUGGAGAACUCGGCCCCCCACCUCCUGGAUGUGGAUGGGGAGAGUGGGCUGCUCUACACCAAGCAGCGCAUUGACCGCGAGGCACUAUGCCGGCGCAGCGCCAAGUGUCAGCUGUCCCUCGAGGUGUUCGCCAAUGACCAGGAGAUCUGCAUGAUCAAAGUAGAGAUCCAGGACCUGAACGACAAUGCACCAGCGUUCCCCUCUGACCAGGUGGACAUGGACAUCUCAGAAAACGCUGCACCAGGCACCCGCUUCCCCCUCACCAGUGCCCAUGACCCAGAUGCCGGGGACAAUGGGCUGCGCACCUACCUGCUCACCCGUGAUGACUAUGGCCUCUUCUCCCUCGAUGUGAAGUCCCGUGGUGAUGGAACAAAAUUUCCAGAGCUGGUAAUCCAGAAGCCAUUAGACCGUGAGGAGCAGAGCCACCACACCCUGGUGCUGACAGCACUGGAUGGCGGUGACCCACCACGCUCUGGCACUGUGCAGAUCAACGUGCGCCUCAUUGACUCCAAUGACAACAGCCCUGUCUUUGAGGCAGCCUCCUACGUGGUAGAGCUGCCAGAGAAUGCACCACUGGGCACUGCUGUCAUCGACCUUAAUGCCACCGAUGCUGAUGAGGGUACCAACGGAGAGGUGCUCUACUCCUUCAGUGGCUAUGCACCCGAGCGCGUCCGUGACCUGUUUAGCAUCGAUCCACAGAGUGGCCUCAUCCGUGUCAAGGGCAAUCUGGACUAUGAGGAGAACGGCCUCAUUGAGAUCGAUGUCCAGGCUCGGGACCUGGGGCCAAAUCCCAUCCCUGCUCACUGCAAGGUCACUGUCCGCCUCAUCGACCGCAAUGACAAUGCACCCACCAUUGGCUUUGUCUCCGUUCGCCAGGGAGCACUGAGUGAGGCUGCCCCACCGGGCACUGUCAUUGCCCUGGUGCGGGUCACUGAUCGUGACUCAGGCAAGAAUGGACAGCUCCAGUGCCGGGUGCUGGGUGGUGGCGGCGGGCCCGGAGCCGUCCCUUUCACCCUGGAGGAGAACUAUGACAACUUCUACACUGUGGUUACUGAUCGGCCCCUGGACCGUGAAGCACAGGAUGAGUACAAUGUGACCAUUGUGGCACGUGAUGGGGGCAACCCCCCACUAAACUCCACCAAAUCAUUUUCUGUCCGGAUCCUUGAUGAGAAUGACAACCCACCCCGCUUCAGCAAGAACCUCUACGUGUUACAAGUGCCCGAGAACAAUAUCCCCGGAGAGUACCUGGGCUCUGUUUUGGCCCAGGACCCUGACCUGGGCCAAAAUGGGACCGUCUCUUACUCCAUUCUGCCUGGGCAUGUGGGUGAUGUCUCCAUCUACACCUAUGUUUCUGUUAACCCCACCAAUGGUGCUAUCUACGCCCUGAGGAGCUUCAACUAUGAGCAGACAAAGCACUUUGAGUUUCGUGUGCUGGCCAAAGACUCGGGUUCACCCCAUCGUGAAAGCAACGCCACGGUGCGUGUCACUGUGCUUGAUGUCAAUGACAAUGCGCCCCUUAUUGUCCUGCCUGCCCUCAUCAAUGACACCGCUGAGCUCCAGGUGCCACGCAAUGCUGGGGUGGGCUACCCUGUGGGCACCGUCCGCGCCCUGGACAGUGACUUUGGGGAGAGCGGGCGCCUCACAUAUGAGAUCGUGGAAGGGAACGAGGAGCACCUCUUUGAGAUGGACCCUACUAGUGGUGAGAUACGCACCUUGCACCCCUACUGGGAAGAGCUCAGCCCUGUGGCUGAACUGGUGGUAAAAGUCAGUGACCAUGGCAAGCCCAGCCUCUCUGCAGUGGCCAAGCUCAUUGUCAGGGCCUUGGCAGGGCCCCUGCCUGAGGCUGGCGAGCCGCAGGUGAACGGCGAGCAGCAUCGGCGACCACACUGGGACUUGUCACUGCCCCUGAUCGUGACGCUGAGCACUGUCUCCAUCAUUUUGCUGGCUGCCAUGAUCACUAUUGCCGUGAAGUGCAAGCGAGAAAACAAGGAGAUCCGCACCUAUAAUUGUCGCAUUGCUGAGUAUAGCCACCCUCAGCUGGGAGGAGGGGGAGGCAGUGGCGGGGGAGGAGGAGGCAGUGGCAGUGGAGGGGGUAAGGGCAAGAAGAAGAAGAUCAGCAAGAAUGACAUUAUGCUGGUGCCCAGUGAGGGCGAGGACAGCCGGGGCCCCCUCAAUGUCAUGAACGUGGUGAGCAGCCCAUCCCUGGCCACCUCACCCAUGUACUUUGAUUACCAGACCCGCCUGCCCCUCAGCUCUCCCAGGUCUGAGGUGAUGUACCUGAAGCCCGCCUCCAACAACCUGACUGUACCCCAGGGACAUGUGGGCUGCCAUACCAGCUUCACAGGGCAAGGGACUAACGCCAGCGAGGCUCCCCCGAGCCGGAUGUCCAUAAUUCAGACAGACAAUUUUCCCGCAGAGCCCAAUUACAUGGGCAGCAGGCAGCAGUUUGUUCAAAGUAGCUCCACGUUCAAGGAUCCAGAAAGAGCCAGCUUGAGGGACAGCGGGCAUGGGGACAGUGAUCAGGCUGACAGUGACCAAGACACUAACAAAGGCUCCUGCUGUGACAUGUCUGUUAGGGAGGCACUCAAGAUGAAAACUACUUCAACUAAAAGCCAGCCACUUGAACAAGCAUUCCCGACUUUGCUUUCCUUUGCUAUCCUCACCCUACAUACCAUCACAAGUAGACUUCAGUCUGUUGAACUACUUCUUUCAGAACAGCAAGGCAGAGGCCAAAGACCCAUUGUUGGGAUCUGUGGACCAGCCCGCUGUGAGGAUGGAAAAUUUUCAGAGCAAGAAGAAUGUGUUAACUGCACAGAUGAAUGCAGAGUGCUUGGUCAUUCUGACAGGUGUUGGAUGCCACAGUUCCCCGCAGCCAGUCAGGCUGAGAAUGCAGAUUAUCGCACAAAUCUCUUUGUACCCACAGUUGAAGCUAAUGUUGAGACUGAGACAUAUGAAACUGUGAAUCCCACUGGGAAAAAGACUUUUUGUACAUUUGGGAAAGACAAGAGAGAGCACACUAUUCUCAUUGCCAAUGUUAAACCUUACUUAAAAGCCAAACGUGCCCUGAGUCCUCUGCUUCAGGAGGUUCCCUCAGCAUCGAGCAGCCCAACCAAGACAUGCAUUGAGCCUUGCACCUCAACAAAAGGACCACUGGAUGGUUGUGAAGUGAAAUCAGGAGCCUUGGCUGAAUCAAGCAGCCAGUACUUGUCAACUGACAGUCAGUAUCUAUCGCCCAGUAAACAGUCAAAAGACGCUCCCUUCAUUGCGUCAGAUCAGAUGGCUAGGGCCUUUGCAGAUGUGCAUUCCCGAGUGAGCCGAGACUCGAGUGAGAUGGACUCUGUUCUGGAGCAGUUAGACCGUUCAGCCCGGGAUCUAGGCAGGGAGUCGGUGGAUGCCGAGGAAGUUGUGAGAGAAAUAGACAAGCUCUUGCAGGACUGUCGGGGAAAUGACCCUGUGACCGUCAGAAAGUGAGGGGGAAAAUAAGGACAGGAUGGCAGUUGCGUUCCACUUCUGCUGAUUAAAAGUAAAUAAAUCAAUCAAUCCCCUGGUUGUAACAGAUUCACAGGAGUGAAGGAAGACCAAUGCUGCUUUAAGGCUUUUAGUGAACAUCUGAAGUGCCCACAAGUAUGUUCUUUUCACUGCUCUUUCUUUUUGACAGAUAACACUGGUUUCAUUUUGACCAAACUUUCAUUAGGACAGAGUCAAGUACACUAAGAACAAAAUGAAAGAAGGAAAGAUGGUGCCAUUUUGACAAUCUGAUAGGAAGGUGUGAGAAAGGUGGAAUGGAAAUACGUCUGAUACUUUAAGACUGUCCUCAAUAGCUGAUGCUGACUUUACUGUUUACGUAUAAACCCCAAGAAAAACAGGGUUGAAUAAUUCUGAUCUGUGGUGGACUUCCAGCAGUCACCACAGCCUUCUACUGAAAGUCAUAAAAAGAGUUCUUGUAGUAGUCCAAGUGACACCAAACAUUAACAUUCAUUUGUGGUAAACAUUUAUGUACAAAGUUAUCUGCCACAAAUAUGAGAAACAAAGCAAAACAAAACAAACAAAAAAACCAACACAAAACAAAACAAGAAAACAAAUAAAAAAAAAAACAACAUUCCAGAUCAUUAUUCGACAAAACAUAUCCUGAUCAUUAGUAAAACACUUCAUAUCAUAUUAAGGUUAAAUGUAAAAUUAUAUAGUCCAUCUUGUUCUGCACACACAUAGCUGAUUCACUUGAUAAAAAAGAAGAAACAAGAUUUUAAUAUCUAUUUAGCAUUUUAGUGUCCAACAAAACUAUAAAUAGUUAGUGGUAAGUUUUAAAACAAAUUAAGCAUAUAAAAGUUUGAAAAAAAAAAAAAAGUUACCUUUAAGGGUAAUACACAAAAUAAAUUAACAUUAUUAACACUUUUUUAUUCAUUUGUGGACACUAAAAUAGCUCAGGAAAGUGAAAAUGUCUUAGACAUCCACAAAAAUCACAUGAUCAUUUAAAUGUGCAAAUGUAAGAAGAUUCAGUGUGUUUACAUCAAAUGACAUAUUUUUAUUGAUUUAUUGCAGAUUCAGUGCAUAUGAGCCAAAUUGUUGAGUGUAUAAGAGCUAUAUUGUGUAUUUUAUUAAAUUAAUAUAUAGUUGUGUUGCAAAAAUAUUUGGGCUUAUAUUGUAAAUGGCAAGUGUUGCCUCAGUAGCUGUCGAACUCUAUGAGUUUUGUUUUUUCCUGCUUCCUUUUCCCCAUGGAUUGUGGGAAGCAGCGCCUCAGAGCAAAGUCUCUUGUUUAAUGUAUGGUCUACAAAGUACUGCAGUACAUAAUCUGUUCAAAAUGUGUUUGAGUGAGCUGAUGGAGCUAACCAAAUGGCCUACAAGUACAUCCAUCAGUCAUGGUUAUGUGCAAAUCCUUGUAGUAGCUUCUAUUGCAAACCCAUGUUUAAUAACAAAAGCUACACUUGAACCAACAUCUAGAACUUCCUUGGUUGUAUUUGGCUUUUGUUUUUGUUUUUUCCCCAAACACAUGCAGCCAGCCUGUUUAAGGUAGGGUAUUUGACUUCUUAACAGAUGCCACCAUUUUGAAAGUUUUGCUAUUAAGUUCAUAGAGCCAAAAACCUGUCCGUGCCCUUUUGGCACGGACAGUAUUUUGUCUGAUUCAUUAGCAUGUGUAAUUGCUCACUGCAGCUCUAGAUAUGCACUGUUUAUUUUGGGGGGUGUUUUUAAUGUGGUUUUCAUUUUUUUCUGAAAAGUGUUUGCAGCAUAAUUUGGGAUAUAGUUUGUAUUUUUUAUUUAAUUCAAAGGAUGUUUUUAUUGCAUUUGAAAACCUCAAAAUUGCCUUCAGAUGGAAGAUAAAAAACAACCCAAAUUCAAAAUAAACAUGCACAGAACAAAAAGAAGCAGAAGAAUAAAAUUUUUAGCCCAGGAUUUGUCCCUUAUAUACUUCAGAUACUCUGUUGAAAAUACCACUGUGGUGCAUUGUUUAAAAAAUGCUGUAAAAGGUUUAUUACAUUUAAUCUGUACUAUACAAACAUAUAUAAAAGAGGCUGGCAAUCUCAAAUCCAAGAAAGCCAUAGUUUUCAUCAGUUCAACAGAGAAAGUUGAUCCAACAGCCUGUUUUGAUGUUGGGAUUGCAGUUAAAUGGUGAUUUUUGCUAGUCAGUCCUACAAUGAAUUGUCUUUGGGAGACAACCAUUAUGAUAGUUUGUGAAAAAAGUCCACAAUUACAUGUAAAAAAAAAAAAAAAAAAGGAUCUUGUACAUGUUUUAUCAAGCUACUCUCCAUGUUUUGGACAAUUUAUGUAUCUAAAAUGUGGUGUUGUCUGUGUUUUAUAAUUAUUAUUUUUUUUGGCCAGGAGACCCGAGAUUGGUUUUGCUAGAUAGCUUGAAAUUCCAUAGUGGAGAGGAUUUCUUAUUGUUUGAUCAGUCUCUUAUACGUAUUUCCGUGGUGCCCAUCACUUCAAUGUUUGUGCACCAAGUCUUUAGCUCUGCCAGUGAGAUCCAUUAUUCAGCAAAAUCUAAGCCAAUAUGUAAAUGCAGUCAAGUGAUGGAGAUUUGUGUAUUUUAUAAAUGAUUUUAGCACUGAGUAACCAAUUGUACAAUUCAUUGUAUGUUUCUGAAGACAUAAAGCCACAACAUUCUGAGAAAGGGCUGUGCCAAUGUAAGAGGAAUUUACCUUAAGGCUCUCUGUCACUAGUGAUUUACUAGCUUUAGCUGUUUAACACAUUAUCUGUAUUUAGUAGUGAUUAUUUAUUUACCACUCUGAGGUAAUUCAGAAUUCAUGACUCACAGCUUUAUAGAGGAGUUUAGGAAAUCUUGCUUUUAUUUAAUUUGGCUGACUACUGCCUUUUGUUGUGGACCUUUGGCAUACUGCUUCCAAUAAGGAUAUCCCAAGUUUAAAAAUCUGUUUCACAGUUUAGAAUUGAUAGAUAAUGAACUAAUAAACCAGUAAAAUUUAUACAACAUGAGUUUUCUGGUUCCGUCAAAAUUACCAUGAUUGUGUGUGAAGAAAGUGCUACACACAAAAGAAUUUUAAAAGCAUUUUUUCUCCAUGGUAUCUCUGGAGAAAGAGGCAUCAAUGAAAGAUAAAAUUUAGUAUUUAUUUCUCUCCUUCCUUAUGUACAUGUUUUAUAAGACUGAAAUAAAAUAUCUGUCAUGUGAUUAUAAAGAGAAAGGCUGAAUUAAGGGAGACAAUUCAAGUAACUAAUAAAAUUGUACUGUACACUGUGAAAAACUAAUAAGGCUUUCUAUAUAGUAUUUUUUUAUUAAUGAAAGACAGCAACUGGGAGUUCCUUAAAUAAUUGGCCAAUCAAAUCAGGACUCAAAAUUAUUUUUUUUUUCUUUGGUGUUUUGUUCAGUUUUGUUUUAUUUUCUUAGCAUAUUAAUCAGGAAAGAGAUUCUCCUGAACUGGAAUUUGCCACUUGAGAAUAUUGGGUUUUCCCAUUCCAAGUUGCCCCUAAUAGUCAAACAUUGCUCAUACUGAAGCAGGGUACAUCAUUCAAAUAAACUUUCAAGUUGAUUGCUGUCCAUUGGAAGGGAAACUGCUGAGGUCAAGAAGGAGUCUGAAGCCUAGCAUAAUAUACGCCCACCCAUUAUUGUUUAAUUACUUUCUUUUGACAUCAGGCAGUGAUUAUUAUUGCAUUAAUUCAAAUGGGAGUUUUGGCUAUCAAGAUUUGUUGAUUUGAAGUGUAAUUGAAUGAAACCUGAUUAAGGUUUUUGACUUCUCUGGCCCAAUUGUGAUGCAGGUUGGCAUUCACAUUUAUCAGCCCCUGUCUCCCCAUAUGGCUCAAAGUUGCACCAAUGACUGGUGAAUGACAAAAGAAACCCAACAAACAAAAGCAGCAUACAUUGUAUGGAUUAUCUCAACCGCUAUUGUUUAAUGGCUGUGUUUAAUGUGACCUAUCUGGAAAAUGAGGACUACGAAUAAAAAGCAAUUACUAAUAGUG